AUGAUGGAUACGAACCAGAGCGGCGCCAUGAAGACGCUUCUCGUCGUCACCGCCGCUUUUGGCGGAGCGUUUGUGGGCACCCUCGCCACACAUGCGCUGGCCCCAUCACCAGCGCUCAAGGCGUCGUACGUCGCGGCUGAAAAGAUGCAGCCGGCGUUCGAGGCAACCUGGUUUGUGGAGCUCCCGCAGAUGUUCUGA